CCCAUGGCCAAAGUUUUUAAAAAUUGCGUUGUUUAGAAGGCGUAUUGAGUUAUUGCUCGCGCGCACUUCAGAGUAGGCGUUCCCCAACGGAGAUAUGCAAAUUACUUGCCAAUAGGAUCACGCUUGCUUCUGCCUACCUCAUUGCUUGUUCUGCCCACUAUUGCUUAUUUGUUUCCAUUUGAAACGACAGGCUGUGGUCUAUCUUGGUUUAGUUAUACACAUCUUUGCAUUAUCCGAACCGAACCGUGCUAGGCAGACUAUUGUGAAAAGGGUAUUCUAUAAACUUCUACAAAUAGCAAAUAAAUAACCAUGGAAAACAAAAAAUCCCUGUCCUGUGCAUGUCAAUGGACACCUGAGGAGGUAGUGGCAUUGUUAACACGCUGGGCAGACGGGAGUGUUCAAGAGCAGCUUCUCUCCGCAGUGAGAAACGAGAGAGUCUUUAUCAAACUUAGUUCAGAGCUUGAUGCCUUAGGCUUCAUCAAAACAUCGACACAGUGCAGGUGGAAAAUAAAGAAGCUGAAACAGGAAUACAAAAGAAUCAAGGACGACAAAAACAAGAAUGCCUCCACCUGUCUUAGAAGAAGAUGGUUUGCCAUCAUGGAUAGUGUCCUCGGUCACCAACCAAGUGGUACCUUAUUGGAGUCUGGCUUGGUAAUGAAUUCUCAAAAUAUUUUGGAGUCCACGCCUGAUGCCCCACCAGAGGAGGAAGAUCCCGACAAGUCACCAUCCAGUUGGAUGCCUGAUGAGGUCCACAGUKUCUUUAGUCACCAUUCAGGAACUUCAGGGUCUGGCGGGAUAAAUUCAGCUUCUAGGCUGUUGGAGUCGGCUGAUUCCCCACAAAAAGCUGAAGAUUAUGAUGAAUCUCCAUUCCGCUGGACGCCUGAGGAGGUCCAUGCAUUGUUAACACUCUGGGCAGACAGGAGUGUUCAGGAGCAGCUUCUCUCAUCAGUGAGAAACGAGAGAGUCUUUACCAAACUUAGUUCAGAGCUCGCUGCCCUGGGAUUUAACAGGUCGUCAAAGAGGUGCAGAGAGAAAAUAAAAAAGCUGAAACAAGAGUAUCAUAAAAUCAAAGACAACAAUAAGAAGAGGAGCUACAACCGCCGUAGAGAAAGAUGGUUUGCCAUCAUGGAUAGUGUCCACCGUCACCAACCAAGUACUUUGGUAAUAGAUUCAGAUGGAAAUAUUUUGGAGUCAACUCAACCUGAUUCCCCACAAGAAGUCAAAGAUUCUGACAAAUCUCCACCCAGUUGGACACCUGACGAGGUCCAUGGUUUCCUUGGUCACCGACUAGGAACCUCAGCUACUAUGAUGAAUUCACCUACUAUGCUGUUGGAGUCGACGGAUUCCCCUCUAGAAGCAGAACAUUAUGAUGAAUCUCGAGCCAGCUGGUCACCUGAGGAGGUCCAUGCGUUGUUAACACUCUGGGCAGAUGGGAGUGUUCAGGAGCAGCUUCUCUCCACAGUGAGAAACAAGAGAGUCUUUACCAAACUUAGUUCCGAGCUCGCUGCCCUCGGAUCUACGAAGACGUCUAAGCAGUGCAGAGAGAAAAUAAAAAAGCUGAAACAGGAAUACAAAAAAAUCAAGAACGACACUAGCAAAAAUAGUUCCAAUAUUCGUGGAACAAGAUGGUUUGCCAUCAUGGAUGCUGUCCUCAGUCAGCGAACAAGAACAAUGCUUUUGGAGUCGACUCAGCUUAAGUCCUUGCCAGAGGCAGAAGACUCUGGUCCCCGUUUAACUCUCUCCUCCCUACGUCUCCUUGCUCCACCAUUACGCCUGAUGUCAGCAUUCUUGUGGCAAGUGGCUCAGCAGCAUACUGUAAAGCAUUUUGUGAAACUGGAGGAGUUUGUGACUUUGGUGACAGAGGUGGUUCCAGAGCUGCUGAGUUCCAGGCAGAGGACCCAACUCCUCCUGGGUCUGAGAGCAACGCUGGUUCUAGAUUUAUGUCGUAAUGAAUGCACAGCUGACCUCGUGACCAUCCAGCCUCACCUGGAUAAAAUCCAUUKUUUGACAGAAUUCUCUGUACACAAAGAGAGUAAUGAUGAUGAGUUGGAGGCUACAGAGUCUAACUUUGUGGAAUUGGUCCAAACCCUGCUGGAAGACCCUUCCGAGAGGGAGCACUUCUUUCAGGUGGUGUUCCCAGUACACUACGGCCCUCGGUAUGACACAGCACUGCGGGUACUGGUGUGGGAGUUCCUCUCCAGACUGGAGGAGCUGCUACCUGUACCAGACUUCACACAGACGGCAGCAUGGCUCGGUGCAGGCCCCUCUGUCUUGGAGGAAUGUGGACACGCCAUAUUUGACACUGAAGAGCUGAAGACACUUCUGCAGCACCAUCAGCAUCAUGGAAACCUGAAAAAGAGUUAUUUCUCUUACUACACUGCAGAUAGCAUCCUAUCCACACUGUCCCUCCCUCCAACAAUAAGAGUUGUCAUUGGCUCUGAGCAGCCCAGCUCUGACAAAACGAGAGAUGGAGAAGAGAGAGGACAACCUAAUGUGGACAGAGAGGAGGAAAUGGAAGAGAGACGGAGUGAAGAGGACUGGGAAGAUGAAGACUGCAAUGAAAUAAGUUAUAUAAGGCAGGAUUUGGAGCAACAGGAGCAGAUGGGCAUUUCAAUGGCAGAAACGUCUGCUCUGUGUAUCCCAGUGCCCAGUAACGGAUUUAAUGAUGACAUGUCAUCCCGCAUCCUUGCCUGCUCCCUAUGCCCAUUCAAUCACAUUGAAAUUGCAAAACUCCACCAGCACAUCAGGAUUAGGCAUCGAGGAGAGGACCGGAAGCUUUUAUGUUCUAAGGAAUCUGGGACUGAUCACCCCUUUCCCUCAAGCAGCACUAAAAGAAACCCCUAUGUACCAAUAAUCAAGACUCACAAAUGCACUCAUUGUGGUAAAGUUUUCAAAUGCUCCAAAACCCUGAAAGUACAUAUAGGAAUUCACACAUUGCCAUUCCAUUGUAACCAGUGCGAGAAAAGAUUUUCUUCCAGGUGUGGUCUGAAAAAACAUCAGCGAGUUCACACAGGGGAAAGACCAUUCAAAUGCUCUCACUGUGACCGAAAAUUCAUGUGUGCAGGUUCACUCAAAUGGCAUGUGCGCACACACACUGGAGAGCAUCCCUACUGUUGCACUAUUUGUGGGAAAACAUCUGUCCAACAUCUAGCAAGACACAUGCGGAUGCAUGCAGGGGAGAAAAACUAUUUAUGUAGCAUCUGUGGUAAGGCAUUCCUUAGCUCAGGAGAACUGAGGCUGCAUACAAGAUCGCACACCGGAGAAUGUCCCUACACCUGUAAACAUUGUGGAAAGGGCUUCAAAGCAUCAUGCCAUCUAACACUUCAUAUGCGAUCUCACACAGGAGAGCGUCCAUACCCCUGCACCCUGUGCACAAAACGUUUUACUACGGCUAGAGGCCUUAAAAGACACACGCUUACUCACACUGGCGAAAAACCUCACCAGUGCUACAAGUGUGGGAAGAGAUUUUCUGUAAGGGGAAAUCUGAAUACACAUCUUAAAAGUCAUAGAUUUUAGGAUGGGAUUCUGCAGGAGCAGUCUUGUAGAAUUGACUUUAAUGAAAUAAAAUAAUUACAAUUUCAUUAAAUACUGAACAAGUUUUACAAGUAUUGUGA